CCUGCACAGAUCGACGGGUCGAGCGACAAGGCUACUGAAACAAGUUUUUUUCCUCACCAGAAGUACGGACGUAAUCACAACAAGACGGAGAACUAUCCGAUAGUCUUACUAGACCACGAAUGCUCAAGAGGAGCUCGCCGGUGUGACGAGAAGGCGGAUUUAGCUGUCCGGUGCUGUAGAAGUUUGGAUUGUCGAAACUAGAGAGACUCGCCAGAUGCCUCGACCCAGGGUUCGGCGUCUAGCGAUGUGACAUACGCCUAUAUAACGACCGUGUAAGAAGCGCUGUUGUCUUUCGAACCGCUAAGAACAAGUGUUACGUGUUGUCUGACUUGACCACACGACCCACCCAUUACCAUCGCACUUGGUUAUUUAACACUGGGCAGUCUAGAGCCUUGUGACAGAUCGAUCAAACACCACAUUAAAAUGGAUACCGUCAGAAAGUGAAGCCCUCAUCACGGGUUUCGUCGUUCUCAAUCGACGCUAUACUGGGACAUUCAGUGGGAGUAAAAACAGAGAAAGAGCAAUGUGAUGUGGAACCUGAAGAUUCACAUAUUGAUGUAGUGUGUGAUGAGGACGCUGGAGAAAGUGAAAGCAAACCUCCCAGCCGGACUGCUAGCUUAUCAGCCACGCCAUCGCCAGAUUUGCUCCAAAGCCACAAGAAAAUUGCGUCCUCGCCAGCGCCAUCUGCCGGCACUGGUCACGAGGAACUAGCAGGUGUCAAAUGCAAAUUGGAAACCAAAGAAUUAUGGGACAAGUUUAAUCAACUGGGCACAGAAAUGAUUAUUACGAAAUCUGGACGGCGGAUGUUCCCUACUGUCCGUGUGUCUUUCACGGGUUUGAAUCCGGAACACCACUACAUAGUUUUGAUGGACAUUGUCAACGUGGACAACAAGAGAUACCGUUACGCCUACCACCGAUCAUCCUGGCUCGUCGCUGGCAAGGCCGACCCUCCGUUAGCAGCUCGACUCUACCCCCACCCUGAUUCCCCGGUCGGCGGGGAACAACUCCUUAAGCAGUCCGUGUCGUUCGAGAAAGUCAAGUUGACGAACAAUACAAUGGAGUCGUCCGGACAUAUUGUCCUGAAUUCUAUGCACAAGUAUCAGCCGAGAAUCCACAUAAUUAGGAAAAAAAAUGGAGACCAGAUUCCACAGUUUGCAGACGACUUAAAACCGGAAGUUUAUCGCACCUUUGUAUUCCCAGAAUGCAAGUUCAUCGCCGUAACAGCCUAUCAAAAUCAACUGAUUACCAAACUGAAAAUUGACAGCAAUCCAUUCGCUAAGGGAUUUCGGGAUUCAUCUCGAUUGUCUGACUUAGAAAGGGAGAACAUGGAAUCGUUGAUAAGGAUGCAGUCCUACGGCAUACCCCACCCGGCAUCGUUAGACAUAGGGCACCAUUCCCCAGGGGGGCUGUCACCUGCUAGCAGAGAUGGUGGCUCGCCGAAUUCAUUCAAAAGUCUGGAAGAACGCUUGGGUCAACUUCACGCGGCCCAUGUGGUCCCCGAACAAUUCCGUAUGUUAUACCGUCCCUUCGUUUCACCGUCCACCGGCAGUAUGCCUGUCCCAGCCCUGCCGUAUUGGGCGCAUGUCGCCCAAACACAUCCGGCCUUCUUUCCAUUAUCGCCCGCCAUGUUACCGGAAGAUCUCUCCCUCCAGAGCGCCACCUGUCGACUUGGUUCUCGCAAAGAGAAUGGUAAAGACCUUGGGCAGUUGCAGUUGAAGUUAAGAUACCACCCAUAUUUAAAUCCAGAUAGGACGACAGUGUGCGUGGACGGACCACGGUGAAAUUGAGCGCAAAGUUUCACCUAAAAUUAAUCCGAAUGUAUUAAAUAUAGCUGUCUAAACUGAUAUAUGUAUAAUUAGUUAAGCAAACCUGUGGGAUAACUGUCCAAAUGUGAGUAAACAUAGCCUGGUAAAAUUGCCAGUUAUCAAAUUAUUUGUUUCUGACGGUUAAUAAAAUAUAGAACAUAAGAUUGUUUCCCUGUAUACAUGUUUGUAAGCUGAUCACACAACUAUGGAUGACGGCGAUUACAAUCUAGUCUUUGCAAAAGACAUUGUUUAUAUACCAAAGAAUUGUGAAUAUAUUUGUUCAGUUAUUUGCAUAUGUAAAUAAAUUAUUA